AAAUGUGCGCGCACUACGCUGAGUGAUAAAGAAAUGUGCUAAAUAGUUGCGCGAACAGUGUGAUAAAUAAGCUUUUGAUGCUGUUGCUUUUUUAUGACAAGUCAUUUGAUUCCGUUCGCAAUGGGGAUUGGAAUGUAUCGUAAUACUAAGCUUCUUAUAGUGGGAUUUGUGAUAAUUCUUAUCGUGUGCGCAUACGUUAAUAUAUCAGAAGCACCGCAAGCCAAUUGAAUCAGAUUACAGAGUGAUGAUAUGGUGGAGUCCGCAUAGAUCAAACGUGGAAUACAAUAGGAAAUGUGGACAACUAAACUGUCGAUUUACAAGUGACCGAAAAGCGAAAAACGAUCCACAUUUCAAGGGUUAUAUUUUCCAAGGAACUAAAUUAUCAAUUCACGACGUACCAUAUCGUAGGAGAGAAGAUGUUUGGGCACUAUACUAUGAUUCAUCACCAAAAACCGCACCAUUUUUGUUGUAUGCCCUGGAUCUCUUUAAUUUUACCGCAACAUUUAGUCGGUUUAGUGAUGUUCCACUUACAUUACAACACGUAACAAGUUUAGAAGAGCUCAUCAAUUAUAAGCAAAUGUAUUCGUACGGUGAAAAAACAGCAUUUCAACACAAAAUGAAACUGGCGCCAAUUUUAUACAUCCAAUCGCAAUGUGAUACGUUGACCGGUCGUGAGCUUUAUGUUGCGGAACUAGGAAAACAUAUUGCCAUCGAUUCAUACGGCAGUUGCUUGAAAAAUAAAACUCUUCCAAACGGAGUUAACGACAAAUCACAAAAAGCUUCCGAAAUAAAAAUGUUCUACGACUUCGUUUCCAAAUACAAGUUCCUAAUUGUGUACCAAGAUUUAGUAUGCGAGGAUUACAUUUCGGAAAAGUUUUGGAAAUCGCUCACAUUUGGGGUCGUGCCAAUUUAUUUCGGAGCUGCUAAUAUUAGGAACUACUUUCCAAAUCCUAACUCCGCAAUUUUGAUCAACGAUUUUCAGAAUCCUGCAGAGUUAGCGGAGUAUGUUUUAAAACUUUCCAAUAACGAAGAGGAGUAUGUCGAUUUUUUGAAACAUAAAAUGACAGACUUUUAUCCUAUAUCGAAUCAACUUCUGGUAGACAUCAUUUAUAAAAAUGAUAUAAAUUAUGUGAGAGAACGUGAAAAACGCUCGUUGGCUGAAUUCGAGUGUUACGUUUGCUUGAAUGUUAUGGAGCGGCCAGUGAAACUAGCAAAUCAAAGAGAGCUGUUCUGUGACCUACCGUUUUACCCACCUGGAAACGUAACAUACAAAGCUGAACCACGUGUGUCUACUUUCUUACAGCGUGCUCGCAGUGAUUCGAGUUUAUUACGCCGGAGGAUUGUUGAUUUGUAGGCGUUCGUUAUAAAACGUGUCCAUUCAUAACAUAUAUUUCAUUUUGGAUGCAAAAAUUGGGUUGUUAAGCUAUUUACGGAUUUCUGAUUUGUAUAUAUCAGCUAAAAUACUACAAGGUAUACAGCCCUAGGGGUUGUAUGAAAUGGUGACGUAGGACUAAAUAUUUAAUAUAUACUUUUACGAACUAAUUUCAUAUUUUGUCAUAUUGACUUACAUUUUAAGUUUUAGUAACGCGGGCAAUGUAUGUAGUUUCGCGGGAAUGCGAAGAUGAACGGGAAUAGAA